AUGUCAGUCGCCUCUAAGAACCUGUUUGCCUACCUCGGCAAUGACGACGAUGGCGAGGAGAAGCCUGUCGUCCCCGUGAAGACUGUGGAUAAGGCUGUCAAGGGUCCUGCUAAGCGCACGCCCGAGAACCCUUCUGCCAAGGGCCCGGGAGCCGCUUCGCGUCGCCCUGGUGCCGGCGGUAACGACGGUGCUUUCCGCGACCGCGAUGCUGGCAGCAACCGUAACCACGGUCGUUCCACCGAGGAGUCUGGCCGUGGUGGUGGCCGUGGCGGUGCCGGUGCCCGUGUCCGUGGUGGCCGUGGCUCGGGUCGUCCCCGUGAGCGUGAUGACCGCCACUCUAGGCACGGUGGUCAGGGCGGUUCCGAGAAGCAGGCCGCUGCCUCGUGGGGCGCCACUGAGGGCGAGGCUGAGCUGAAGGACGAGCAGGCCGGCGAAGCUAUCGCUAAGACCGAGCAGAAGGAGGCCAUUGCUGAGGACGCCGCUCCCGAAGAGCCCGCCGAGCCCGAGGACAAGUCCGUCUCCUACGCCGACUACCUCGCCCAGCAGGCCGAGAAGAAGCUCGGUCUCGGUCUCAACCUCCGCUCCGCCAACGAGGGCAGCAAGGCCGACAAGAAGUGGGCCGACGCCAAGGCUCUCGAGAAGACUGAGGAGGACUACUUUGCCGCCACCAGCGGCAAGAAGCAGCGCCAGCGCGAGCAAAAGGUCAAGCAGACCGUCGACUUUGACCCCCGCUUCGUCGAGCCCGAGCGCACCGGCGGCGGUGCCGGCGGCGAGCGCCGCGGUGGACGCGGUGGUCGUGGCGGCCGUGGAGGCCGUGGCGACCGCUCUGACCGUGGUGGUGAGCGUGGCGCGCGCGGCAACUUCCGUGGUGGACGUGGCGGCCGCGAGGGCCCUGCUCCCAUCAACACCCGCGACGAGUCGGCCUUCCCCAGCCUCGGUGGAAAAUAG